AAUGCCAAAGUUGCACCAACAAACAGUCUUCGACAGCACAUCAAAGUGUUAAGGCUGGAAAGCUGGCAAGAGACUGACAGGAAUUUUUUUAAGAUUUUAAACUAAUGGCAGCAGCAGCCCCAGCCGCAUCAGCACCUGCAGCAGCACCGGCUGCUGGAGCAGCAACGGGUGUGCCCAAAAAUCUAGUGCAAAUUGCGGAUGAAGGCAACUUUACCAAUUACAUGAAGAAUCGUUUGAGACGUGGUGGCAUGAAACGCAAAGGCAUGCAAGUGGUUAAUGGCCAUAAGUUUCUUAUAAGAUUUUUCAAACAGCCAACUUAUUGUGGUCAUUGUAAGGAUUUUAUAUGGGGCUUUGGCAAACAGGGUUUCCAAUGUGAAGACUGUCGUUUUAAUAUCCAUCAAAAGUGUGUGAAUUUUGUGGUAUUUAGAUGUCCCGGCACUGAGACGGACAUCGAUGCUGAUUGUGCCAAAGUUAAGCAUGUAUGGGUUUCAACCACCUACUCGUCUGCCACCUUUUGUGAUGAUUGUGGCCUAUUGUUGCAUGGUGUGGCUCAUCAGGGUGUCAAGUGUGACAACUGCAAUUUGAAUAUUCAUCAUGGCUGCAAGGAUAAAAUUCCACCAUUUUGCGGUUCAGAUAUUAGCGAAAUAAGAGGAAAAUUAUUGCUAUAUGUAGAACUCAAGGGCAGUACUAUAAAGGUGGAAAUCAAGGAGGCCGCCAAUUUAAUACCCAUGGAUACUAAUGGUCUUAGUGAUCCCUAUGUAGCCGUACAACUACAUCCCGAUCGCAGUGGCAAAACUAAAAAGAAGACCAAAACCAUACAGAAGAAUUUAAAUCCAGUUUUCAAUGAAACAUUUACUUUUGAUCUAACACCACCUGAUCGUGAGAAACGUUUGCUAAUAGAAGUUUGGGAUUGGGAUCGUACCUCACGUAACGAUUUUAUGGGCUCAUUUUCUUUCAGCAUGGAAGAGCUGCAAAAGGAACCCAUUGAUGGUUGGUAUAAAUUUUUGUCUCAGGUUGAGGGUGAACAUUACAAUAUACCCUGCACUGAUCCAGUCAAUGAUAUUGCUCGUUUAAGGGAUGAAGUUCGUCGCGAAAAACCCACCAAUACUCGUCGCAUGGAUAACAAGGACAUGCCACACAACAUGAGCAAACGUGAUAUGAUUAGGGCGGCUGAUUUCAAUUUCAUCAAAGUCUUGGGCAAGGGUUCGUAUGGCAAAAUACUAUUGGCCGAGCGGCGUGGUACUGACGAACUGUAUGCUGUCAAAGUAUUAAGGAAAGAUGUCAUCAUACAGACAGAUGACAUGGAAUUGCCUAUGAUAGAGAAGAGUGUUUUGGCAUUGCCGGGUAAAUCACCAUUUCUGGUAUCUCUGCAUUCAUGCUUUCAGACUAUGGAUCGUUUAUUCUUCGUUAUGGAGUAUUGCCGGGGAGGUGAUUUAUUAUUUCAUAUGCAAAAAUAUGGUAGAUUCAAGGAAUCGGUGGCUAUAUUUUAUGCCGUUGAGGUGGCUUUGGCUUUAUUCUUUUUACAUGAACGUAGAAUUAUUUAUCGUGAUUUGAAAUUGGACAAUAUUUUGUUGGAUUUAGAGGGUCAUAUUAAGCUGACCGAUUUUGGUUUGUCCAAGGAUAAUGUGACAGAGACCGAUACAACUAAUACUUUUUGCGGCACCUGUUCUUAUAUUGCACCUGAGAUUUUAAAUUAUGAACCUUAUGGUCAUCCUGUCGACUGGUGGGCCUAUGGAGUUCUCUUAUAUGAAAUGAUGGCCGGUCAACAGCCAUUUGAGGGUGAAGAUGAUAAUGCCAUCUACAAGAAUGCCAAAGAGAAGAAGGCCUUAUUCCCUAAACAUUUUACCCAAGAGUCAAUGGACGUUAUAACUAGUUUCUUGGCCAAAAAACCUAACAAUCGUUUGGGAGCUGGCCGAUAUGCCCGUUCGGAGAUACAAUCUCAUCCCUUUUUCAAGGGUGUUGAUUGGGAGGGAGCCGAAAACAAGGAUUGGAUAGAUCCUCCCAUUGUGCCCCAUAUAAAACAUCGCAAAGAUAUUUGCCAUUUCGAUCAAAACUUCACCAAGGAGACAACUGAAUUAACUCCUACCGAUAAGCUAUUCAUGAUGAAUUUGGAUCAAAAUGAUUUUAUCGGAUUUUCUUACAUGAAUCCGGAAUUUAUUACGAUGAUAUAAUAAGCAGGAAAAUAUAAAACAACCAGAUAAAAACUUAAAAGUGAAAAGUGAUAUAUAGUGAAU